CCGAAGCCAAAGAUUGCCAAAAGUCGCAUGGUUUGCUUGUGAACGAUAGAAAGAUGGAUCCCGACCGCACGGAUUCUCGACCGCUCUCAAAGUCAUCUGGCUCGUCGGCUGCCUCGGUGACGGAGCACCCCGUAACGACGUCGCCUGCCGAUGAGUUCGAAUACAAAAUGGACCACCAGUAUCGCGGAGUUGCCUUGGUAACGAAUCACACUACCUUCGAUCGCCAACUGGGCGUUCCGUCUCGGGAUGGCAGCGCAGAAGAUCGAGACGCGAUUUGCGGUGCCUUGCGCAGGCUUCGAUUCGAGGUUCUCGUUUUCGAUGAUCUCAGCAAGGGUGAGCUGUUCAAGGAGCUGCAGCUGGUCGCAAACCGGGACCACCGGCACAACGAUUGCCUCGUGGUGGUGGUUUUGACCCACGGCGGAAACGGCAAACUGUACGCCAGCGACGGUGCCUACGAAGCGGAGCGGUUGUGGAAAUUGUUCGUUGGCGACGCUUGUCCGACGCUCAUCGGAAAGCCGAAGUUGCUUUUCAUCCAAACCUGCCGUGGUAAUCCACGGACCGAUGCGGCAGCCACCCGGAAGCGGCGCGUUCCGGAUGCGAUCGAUUCGCGGGAAUCGACCGCCACUCACCAGUACACCAUUCCGACCAUGGCCGAUCUGUUGGUGGGAUAUUCUACGUACGACUCGCAGGACUCUUGGCUUUCGCCACUCGCCGGCUCCCACUACUUGCGCUCGCUGGCCACAAAUCUGUACAAAUACGGCCACAGCAUGGAUCUGCCGAAUCUGCUGGCCCUCGUUGCAAAGGACGUUGCCUGCGGAGACCGGGAGGGACCGAAGCAAAUACCUUACAGUGUGUCGACGCUUACUAAGGACCUCUACUUUCCUCUGCGGUGA